UGUUCAUUCACAGCAAUCCUUGUCCUUUCCUAUUUUUCGUUUAUUUUGUUCUCUGUUUGUUGGACCUUCGGGAAUCUGGAUAUACAGGCGGGUUUUUUUAUCCGCUCCAAAAUUAUUCAAUUAACCACUUGCUCUGGAACAGUCUACUCUUUUUCUAUUUUUUACUAUUUUAGAUGGAAGAAUUCUGUUUCCAUAAUUCAGAGUGAUAUGCGUUCCCUAACUUUAUUUUUAGAAUCAAAAGAAAUUGAAAAACCAGAUAUUAUUAUUAGUGAAUUAUUGGGAUCUUUUGGAGAUAAUGAACUUUGCCCUGAAUGUUUGGAUGGAGUUAAUAAUAUUUUGAAAGAAAAUACAAUUUGUAUACCUUCUUCAAAAGAAUGUUCAGAAUUAUCAGAUCAUUUGUAUGUUGUUUGUUUAGGUCAAUUCUGUUAUUUAGACAAAACAAAACAUUGUUUUGAAUUUUUACAUCCAAAUUUAACAAAUUCUUCAAAUUUUCGAGAAGCUUCUUUAAAUUUUAGAAUUCCAAAAAAUUCAGAGGUUUUGACUGAAAAAUUAUUAAAAAAAAUUUUUUUUUAGUUAAUGGGAUUUGCGGCUCAUUUUGAAGUUGUUUUGUAUAAAAAUAUUAUUUUAAGUACUCAUCCAGAAAGGCACACAGAAAAUCUUUUUUCUUGGUAAAUAAAAUAUUUAAUUUUUUAAUCAUUAAUUAUUCCCCUCUUUGUGAAAAAAAUAAUGGCACAAGAAAGAGAAGGAAUUGGCAAAUAUGAGGGGAGGGAUUGACUUUUUAAGAAUUAUUUUUUAACAAAAUGGGGACCCCUGUUUGCUAUUUUCAUUAAAUUAAAUUCUACCAUUAUUUGAAAUUUUUUUUGGUAUUCUAAACUGUUUAUGUACAUCCCGAUCUGCCGCAACCAACUUCAAGAACUGAAUCGAAUAACAAAGCGUCUGAAAUUCAAUAAUUUUGAACAUAAAGCCUUGUGAUGAAGUUGGCUCGCGGUGAAGGGGUGUAGUGAAAUGGAGGAGAAGAUUAAUAUUAAAAUUUAAUUUUUUAAAAGGUUUCCCGGUCUCUUUCCUCUUCGCAAACUCUUAUUUUGUGCAAAUGAGUGUAAUAUUUUAUUUAAUAUAAAAAGAAAAUUUGAUAAAGAAAAAGUUUGGUAUGAAUGGUUUAUUGAAUAUGAGGAAAAUGGGGAAUUAAUUAAAAGUGAAUUGCAAAAUGAAAAUGGGGAAAGUCAAUCAAUGAAUUUGU